CUACCAUGUCAGUUGACGAGAGGCUCAAGCUCGUCGCCUCGUCAGCUCUGUUGUCCUUGUUCUCGACUAGGAAAGUGACCACGCCGAUAUCUGCCUUUGACCUCCUCACGCGUGUCAUCGCCUCUGGUCCCCCGCCGGCAGGUCUUCUACCUGGGCCAGAUGCGCCACCAAGAUUCCGACUUACGGACCUCACGCGUUUCGAAGCUACACUGGAGAGCUUAGCGAAUGCAUGGGACCAUGGCAAGAUUUGCGUGCUACGCGAGAUGCAGGAUGAUGCUUUGACCGUCAUGGAUGUGCGGCUUGGAAGCGGGGACGCACAUUCAGGCAAUGGUCUACCUGGACAUGGGCGCAAGCGAAAGCGUCAAGUAGACGAGGACGCAGAGUCUACUGCUGGCGAUGCGGAAGAGCAGCAGGAGAAGAUUGAGCACGCGCGCGCGACGAUGAAGCCCGCGCCAACUACGCUCGCCAGCCUCAGCAAAGACCUCAAAGAAGUGUACAACAUCCUGCAGAGAAGCACGGCGAAGGGCCGUCUGCUCGCCGAACAGUUCCGCACCAUGAAUGGCAGCUUUGAGCCCAUCUGUCCGCACAUCACGAAGGACGACUGUGCGAAGGCACGGCGACUCGCCAACCCCGAGGCUGCAAACACACCACUAACGAUCUGCGACCGCAUCCACUUCCGUCCAUUGCUCCGACCACAUACGGACCCGUCGCUUGGGCACUGCUCGUACCUCAACACAUGCUACUCCGAGCCAACCUACGCGCAGUCGCCGUCCAUCCCGCCUCUGCCGUCGCACCGGCAGAUGGGAUACGGGAUGCAGGCUGGCGGGCGCGGUAAAGAGAAGCACCGUGUGGACUGGGAUGUGACGGACGGUGGUGCCUUCCGGAGAAUCGCCUGGACUCAGAAGGAACCACACAAACUUGGCGUAGGGCUGGGCCCCGCGGGAAAAGAGAAACCGAUGCUGCCGCCUCAGUGGCUGAACUGCGACCUGCGGAGGUUCGAUUAUCAGUCUGGGCAAUUGCCGUAUGGGACGAUGACAGACGAUGAGAUGCGAGCUAUGCCCAUCCCGACAUUACAAGAUGAGGGACUGCUAUUCCUCUGGGUCACUGGUCGAGCGAUGGAGGUCGGUCGAGAAUGCUUGCGGGUAUGGGGAUACACCCGAGUCGACGAGGUCGUCUGGGUCAAGACCAACCAGCUCCAACGCGUUAUACGCACGGGUCGGACCGGACACUGGCUCAAUCAUACCAAAGAACACAUGCUCGUUGGCGUCAAGACCGUCACCGACGAGGCGGGGAACCUCAAGUUCCCUCGUGGGCGAAUCGUGCGCGAGACGAGUAGGAAGCCCGAUGAGGUGUACGGGUUGAUCGAGCGCAUGUGCCCCGGUGGGCGCAAGAUCGAGAUUUUUGGCAGGAAGCAUAACACCAGGCCAGGGUGGUUGACACUGGGGAACCAACUUGGGCCUGAUCAGAUCUUUGAGGAAGACCUAGCUGCCCGGAUUCAGGCAAGGUAUCCUGAGCGACAAAUUCAGCCAGGAGGAUUCUAGACUUUGGACCGUAUCGCUGCUAUCGUGCUAUCAUUGAGCUCUGCGAGCUGUUGCAUAUUGAUUAUCGUGUUAUUUACAUGAACAGACAUUCGGGUCACGGACCACUCACUUCUAUAAACAGGACGUUGGACUACGGACGGUUCGCUUGUAACUAAAACUAACACUGCUCUGCUGCUCUCGCCUACGCAUGUGCAUCUAUGCUAUGGAGGGACUUCUUUGCCCGCCCAAUCCCAUAUCUUGCCUCGGCUGUUCUCGUCCAGGUUUUGUACGACCUGCACCAGCCUCUCCGCGGCGUACUCCGGCUCGAAC